AGCCCGUUUUCCAACGGACGUACGACGAUGCUCGUUCCCUUCGAAGCCAAUGAGAAUUUGUAGUUGGAAAGGUCCGACGGGUUUGGACACCCGUUACCGAUCCGAGAGGUCUGGCCGGAGGGGUAGUCGUGCGUCGAAUGCGGUCGUUUGUAAACCGGGCUUGACGAAACGAAGCGUGGAUCGAUCUUUGUGUAUAAAACCACCAGGGUAAUCGCAAAUGGCUGACGCACAAACAACAACAAGAAGUGAAGCACAAUUGCCGCGCCCAUCAACGUCCAUGUCAUAGCCGGAAAGAGUUAUUUUCACACGUUCGUUCAUCGAUCGACGUCGAGGUUUCCGUUGACUCCGGAAAAAUUCAACGACAGAGUCAGACGCGUCGGCAUUCGUAAGAUGAAACCGAGAGCACCGAGGGAUCAAAGGACUCACUGACGCUACGAAAUAACAACGUUAUGAACAAUGAUCGUUUUACUCUCGAUCGUAACGUCCUCGAUAACACUCGUUGUCGCACAGGAUUACAAAGGCUGCUUUCGCAGCUCGGAGUCGCAGACGGAUCUUCCGAUACUCGUGGUCAGCCACGCUAGUUCGCCGACGGUAUGCGUCAGGGAAUGCAGUUCUCGAUAUUACAUGUUCGCCGGUCUCAUGAACGGCCAGCAAUGCUAUUGCGGUAGCACGUACGGCAAAAAUGGCCCAUCAUCCGGGUGCACGAUACCCUGCGUCGACGAUCCGAACGCACUUUGCGGCUCCCACGACUCCAUAAGCGUCUACGAAACGGGACAGAAAGGUCCGAGUCCUCCGAGGAGAGUCCAGCUGACUCGCAGCGAACCAGGAGCGCUGAAGAUCACCUGGGAACCGCCGGACAUUCCCAAUGGAGAACUGUUUUCCUACAAUAUACGGGCGGUCGCCGGAAGCACGCACGCCUUCGGACCCCUGCCGCCCAUCGAGAGUCAGGUUCAAGGAGGUUCGGCGAACUGGACGGUCCUUCGCGGUUUGCAGCCGGGAACCAAGUACAACAUAUCCGUGAGCGCUGUGAACUCGUUCGGCGGUGGUUCGAAGGCAUACGCGGCGGAUUGGACGCUGAUCGGGGCGCCGAGUAAACCGGAAGUUCCCGUGAUCAUCGACAAAACCGAGACGACCGUGACGGUCUCGUUGCCCGAGGGAUCGAGCGACGCCGGACCGGUGAGUCGUUACCAAGUGGUGGUGGUCAGAGCCGGAACGAUUCCUCCGACGGACAGCAACGUGGCCUAUCCGCGUUACGAGACCUCGAAUUCGGACGGUCUUGGUUACUACGUGACCGGACAAUUCGAAGCUGGGGACUACCAGACCUACAAGACAUUCGUCGUUGGCAACGGAAGAUUGGUGGGUGGUUUUUACAACGCGCCGUUGAACACCAAGGAAUCCAUGCCGCAGAUCGGUACGGUCGUAGUGUCCGAAAUAAGGGGUGAGAAACAGUACAGUUAUUCGGAUCUGACGGGGGGCACGUCCACCGCCCGUACGGUACCCGAGAAUCCGAGCGGCGCCGCCGAUCCAACGGUGGUCGGACUCUGCGUCGCUAUAGUCCUGCUGGGAAUCCUUCUGUUGGCCUCGAUCCUCGGCUACUUCGUCCUGAGGAAACGUCACGCGAAAACUCAACUGAGGAGGCUUCCCGAGCACCAAGAACUCACCCUUCAGGGUCCCGUCUGCGAAGUGGACAACAUGGCUUACAUCCCAGAGGACGUUCCCGAAAGGAACAACCAUUACCAGGAUCUGAAGAACAAGGUAUGGAGUAUACCGAAAAAUUUCCUGGUCAUCGACGCCGUCGUCAUUCGACGGGGGAGAUUCGGUACCGUCCACAUGGGAACCGUGCAAAUCAACGGAGUACCCAACACCGCCACCGUCCACAGCAUUUCUGACAACCUCCUGAGGGCGUCCGAAAAGAGGGCGAUGCUCAGGGAACUGGACGUCUGUAUCAGGGCUGGCAGCCACAAGCACCUCGCCGGUUUGGUGGGUACGUGCGAAACACCGGACACUCUGUACGUGGUGAUGGAAAUGCCACCGCAGACCUUGAAGAACAGACUGAUCGCGGCCAGGUCGGGAGAUCCGUUUCCUACCGGUCAGAUACUGUCCGUGAGCGUGUCGAUAGCUUCGGCGCUCCUUUACCUCGAAAGUCAGUCGAUCGUUCACAACUUGUUGUGCGCGAGGAGUGUGGGAUUGUACAACGACGGUACCGCUAAGUUGAUGGGCCAUGGUAUAGCCAAGUACGCCCUCGAGGAUCUUAAGUACAUCAGAUGGACGGCGGUGGAGUUGUUGAACAAUGAGAAGAGACAUCAGCACGGUGUCGUUUGGGCGUUCGGGGUUCUUUUGUGGGAGAUAUUCAGCAUGGGAGGUACACCUUACGGAGAUUUGUCCGGAGAUGAUCAAGUCGAGGAGGCUGUUAGGAGGGGCGUCAGGUUACCGCAACUCAGAGAAGUCCCGGAUCCAGUUUACGAGGUCAUGUUGUCCUGCUGGCAAAUCAGUCUGGAGGAAAGACCGACUUUCGAAGAACUCGUGAGACUGGACACCUUGAGCGUCUGUCCGAUCACCGCUAUCACGGAACCCUACAUUCCGGAACUGGAACUCAACUGAUAUUCGAAACGAUCCCAAAUGAGGAAAGAAUCAGCCCUGGGAUCUGUAUAAAAGUUUUCUCUUCCCUCAAACAUUUUACAAGAUAUUACUUACGUACUUCGCUGUAUCUGAUCCCUCCAUUAUUUUAGGUUCUCACUUCCCAUUACCUUGUAUUAUUUUAAUCAUACGUAGUUUUAUAUCCGACGCUUGUCAUUAGAUAGAAAUUGUUCUGUUCAAUUUCUAAUCGACUGUCAUAUGUAAUUUUAUGAUACAAUGUGUAUCAGGUACUUCACGUACUCUCCGUCCAAAUAAUACUUUCGGUAUACAUUCCGCGAGUAUGAAUAUAAAUAUAGUGAGCUAAGUGGUAUGUAAAAUUGAACGAAGGUAUUUUUAUUUUUUUUUUAUUCUACUUUUUUAAACUCAUAAAUUAUAUAAAUUAUACAUUGUAGUUAUUUUUUGUCAGAUCUCGCACAUCAAUCGAUGUCACUUCUGACGCCUCAAAAGGUACCGUAGAAAAGUAAACAAAAGAAUAACAAAAAGAUUGCGCAAAUGUAAUAAUAUGUAUAAAAUAAUUGAUAAUGAUAUUUCAUUUUUCUUUCAAAUAUAUGAUAUUAUUGAUA